AUGGAACUUCACCGAGAGCACACGCGUAGAAAUAUGUUAAAAUUUAUAAUUUUAGUGUCGUUUCUGGGUUUAGUGAAGUCGGAAUACAAAUAUGAGACUAAGUGGUUUAGAGUACCUCUCGAUCAUUUUGGCUUUCAAAGAAAUGAAACAUUUGAAAUACGCUAUUUAGAAAAUAAUGAUUAUUGGGACCGGGAACGUGGGCCGAUAUUCUUCUACACGGGAAAUGAGGGUCAAAUCGAGGCAUUCGCAAAACACACAGGCUUUAUGUGGGACAUCGUCGCUGACUAUCAAGCAAAAUUGGUUUUUGCAGAACACAGGUACUACGGUAAAUCGAUGCCUUUUGGCAACAAGUCUAUGGACAAUGAACACAUAGGUUACUUGACGUCUGCGCAAGCGCUGGCCGACUACGCUGAUCUUAUUAACUACCUGCAAGGCGAUUCCCUUAAACCGAAAUACCCCGUUAUCGCCUUUGGAGGUUCGUAUGGCGGGAUGCUGGCUGCAUAUUCUCGCAUCAAGUACCCCCAUUUAGUGACAGGUGCGAUCGCAGCGUCUGCCCCUAUUCAUAUGUACCCUGGAAUGGUGCCAUGUGAAGUUUUCGAUAGAAUAGUGACGUCUAGCUUCAAAAUUGUUAGUCAAACAUGUGUGGACAAUAUUAGAAGCUCUUGGAGCGUAUUGAGAAGCUUUGUAAAAACCCAGAACAAUACCGAUUGGUUGCAAAAGACCUGGAAGUUAUGUGAUCCUAUAAAAACUUCAGAAGAUGUUCAAACCCUGGUGGAGUUCUUACAAAGCAUGUAUGAGACCCUUGCGAUGGUGAACUAUCCUUUCGCCACGGACUUCCUUAUGUCGCUGCCGGCGCAACCAGUGAGGGUUGUGUGCCAGUAUUUGAAUGAGCAUUUGAAAGACAAGAAAUUGCUUGAGGGCAUAGGAAAUGUUAUACAGACUUACGCCGAUUUUGACGGCAAAGCAAAGUGCAUUGAUUACAAAAUGGGUGAUAAAUUAGGUAACCUAGACGCCAGUGGUUGGGAUUAUCAGGCCUGCACAGAAAUGGUGAUGCCAAUGUGCUCGAAUGGAGUAGAUGACAUGUUUGAACCAACCCCUUGGAAUUUUACUAAGUAUGCUGAAACAUGCCAUAAAAAAUACAAUGUAUACCCUCGACCCCAAGGAGCAAGAGUGGAAUACGGCGGUGAUAGACUCAAGGCAGCUUCGAACAUUGUUUUCAGUAAUGGACUACUUGACCCAUGGGCUGGAGGUGGAAUCCUCAACAGCAUAAGUAACUCGGUGACUGCAGUUGUUAUUAUCGAUGCUGCUCAUCAUCUAGACUUGAUGGCAGGCAGUAAAUAUGACCCAAGCUCAGUGAAAAUGGCCAGAAAUGUUCACAGACAAAACAUAAAGAAAUGGAUUAGAGAGUUUAGAGAAGAAAGUUCUGGUAGACAG